AAAACAUAGCCGACAGUACAAAAAGCAAAGCAAAGAACCCAAUUCCCACUUCCCCUCUCCCCUCUCCUUCUCCCACAUGGCUCAUCCCCUUCCUUCCGCCACCCUCCUCCUCUCCCUCCUCUACUCCGCCGCCACCCUCCCCAUCAAUCUCCCUCUCUGCAACCUCUUCUCCGGCCAAUGGCUCCCCGACUCCUCCUUCCCUCUCUACCAAUACUCAUCCUGCCCAAUCAUCGAUCCCGAAUUCAAUUGCCAGCUCUACGGCCGCCCGGACUCCGACUAUCUCCGCUACCGCUGGAAGCCGGCCGCCUGCAAGCUGCCAGCGUUUAAUGGCACCGAUUUUCUAGUAAAGAUGAGAGGGAAGACGGUGAUGUUCGUCGGCGACUCUCUCGGCCGGAAUCAGUGGGAAUCGCUUAUUUGUAUGCUCGCCGCGGCGGUGCCCUUGUCGGCGGCGGUGAUGUUGCGGGGUGAUCCCCUUUCUACGUACAAGUUUUUGGAAUACGAGGUGUCGGUUGCAUUCUACAGAGCUCCAUACUUAGUAGACAUUGAUUCGGUGAAUGGGAUUAGAAUUCUGAGGCUUGAUAGUAUUGACAAGAAUGGUGAGGCAUGGAAAGAAGCUGAUGUCCUCUCCUUUAAUUCCGGCCAUUGGUGGACUCAUACUGCAGCUCUGCAAGGGUGGGAUUAUAUGGGGGAGGAUGGAGCAUACUACAGAGAUAUGGACCGGGUGUUGGCUUUCGAGAAGGGAAUGAGCACGUGGGCCAAUUGGGUUGAUGCAAACGUCAACACUACAAGAACAAGAGUCUUCUUCCAAUCUCUUUCUCCAACGCAUUACAACCCAAUGGAGUGGAAGGAUCCAAUAUCCAGAAACUGCUACGGGGAAACAACACCCGUCAGCGGGUCAAAUUACACAAGCAAUAGCUCCGCAGAGAAGAGCAUGCUGCAGGUGUUACGAGGAGUGUUGAUUUCUAUGCGGAUGCCCGCAUAUUUUCUGGACAUCACGCGACUUUCGGAGCUCCGUAAGGACGGCCACCCCUCCAUCUAUAGUGGCGACCUCACCCCACAGCAGCGAGCCAAUCCUGACCGCUCAUCCGACUGCAGCCAUUGGUGCCUUCCAGGCCUCCCUGACACGUGGAACGAGAUUUUCUAUGCGGCCCUCUCCUUCUUCUUCUGACCUCUUUUCUUUUUAACCCCAACUUAAAUGUUAUAAUUGUAUCAUUAGUGUUGAAAUUAGGGCUUAAUUUGUAAUAAUGUAUUUUAUUUAAGGUUUUCUUAUUAUACAAUUGGAAGUCA